AUGGCUUUCCACUAUACACCAGUUGCUACUGGAAACUUUCGACUCCUCAAACUCGCAGCACCGUACCAUGGGAGAAAGCACGAGAGGCUGAGCUUCAGCAUGGCAGAGUACCAUAUCAGCCAAGCACCUUCCUACACAGCCGUGUCCCACGUCUGGGGCAGUGGCACUGCAACCAAGGAGAUCUUGGUAAAUAGUCAUCCGCUCCCUGUGCGCCCGAACCUUUGGACGUGCCUGCACUACUUGGCACAGUACAGAAAUUUGAAUCUGGAGGCCUGGACGCAUAUGUGGGUCGAUUUCAUCUGCAUAGAUCAGUCAAACGUGGACGAAAGGACACGACAAGUUCGCUCCAUGGAUCGCAUCUUUGCUCGUGCCAACGAAGUCAGCGCAUGGCUCGGAAAUCAGAACGAUCCUCGAUACCUGUUUCUCCGAGAGGAAGCAGUCAUGACGCUCGAGAUUGACGAUUACAUCCCGUAUGACCACGUGCCUGAACUUGCCAAUCGCCCUUUUUGGAGCAGGAUGUGGAUUGUACAGGAGAUUGUCUUGGCUAAACACGUGCGACUGCACAUUGGCAAUACCUCUAUCGAUUUCUCCAGUUUCUCGUCUCAAUUGGAGGACUACGAGGGAGCACAUAAGAAAGACCUAGAACGCAUCUUGGCUUACGUGAAGGCAAGGAGUCUGGACGUAAGGGAGGUUUCCUAUCCGCUACUGGAGCUCCUUCUGGAUUUCGGGUCGUGCCAGUGUCAAGACCCGAAGGAUAAGGUGUUCGCAUUGCUUGGUAUGAUACCAGGUCAUGAGCGGAGGAUUCUAGAUCGAUUUCUCCCUGAUUACUCUCUGACUCACGACGCUGUUGUCGUCCUGACAUUGUCAUUACUUCGUGAACUCAGCGACCAAGACAUCGACACGAAGAAGGAUAUGCUAUUCGAUGCGCUCGGUGUAUCGUCUUCGAAGAGCGCCCGACGUCGCUUAUGGCAGGCGUCUGAUCAUGGUGCGUUAGAGAGAAUCCAAGAGUUGCUCGACAGGAAUCCACUCGACCAGGUACCGGCGUUCCUCGAGAUUCACGGGUACAAUUACCUCGAUGAUGUGGUACAGUACAGCACAUCACAAGGCCGCCCUAGCACGAUAUCUUCACUCGUAACACUUCCAUUCCGCGCACCAUGGACGAUGAUGACAUAUCUAUUCCAGUGGUCUACAGAGAGACGGAGAACCCCAGGGAUAUCGCGAGCCGAAGAUGGGUCACUCCUGAUCCCAGGCGCAUGGGCCCGCCAACUCCUUCGAGAGGCCAGAGAAGAGAGAAAGCGGUCAACUCGAAGCCCAUACGGGACAUGGGAAUCUUGA